AUGGCGGAUGUUUUUUUAACCUUGGUCUCAGCUUCUAGAAUCGUGUUUUCCCUCCUUUUCCUGGUCGUCAUUGCUUCAGUUCUCCUUUCCAUUCCCAUUGAAAAGUCGGUGAAGGGUUUUCUGUUCUGGGUUAAGGAAGAUCUUGGUCAAUGGGGUCCAUUUGUGCUGGCCAUAUCAUACAUUCCUUUUGCAAUCCUUGCUGUUCCCGCUUCGGUUCUUACCCUCGGGGGAGGUUAUCUGUUUGGGCUGCCAGUGGGAUUUCUUGCUGAUUCAAUCGGUGCUGCUGUAGAGGCUACUGCUGCAUUCAUUCUUGGCCGAACAGUCCUAUAUUCGAUAUCUAAACUAAGGAAUUAUCCAAAGUUCCAGGCUGUUGCUAGGGCAAUUGAGACAUCUGGUUUUAAGAUUGUUUUUCUGCGCCGGCUUGUUUCUUUAGUACCGUUCAGCUUGUUGAAUUACUUCCUUUUUAUGACUCCUGUUCAUCUCAGGGUGUACAUGUUGGCAUCUUGGUUAGGAAUGAUGCCUUCCAUAUUUGCCCUGGCAUACGUCGGAACUACAGUAAAGGACCUUUCAGAUGUCACACAUGAAUGGAAUGAUACUUCUACAAUUCGGCAGGCAAGUAUUUUGCCCUGUUUAUCAAUUGCGCUAAUUUGGCUUACUAAAGUCGCCAUGGCUACUUUGGAAAAAGCACUGGCUGCCACUAAUGCUAAAAUGGAGAGAGCCUUUGUUCCGUCUAUGCUCGCAAUGGUUCCGGAUUCUCAUUAUCCCAUUGAUGUGCCUCUUAAUUACGAUAGACUCGUCGGGGAAAACAACCUGGGAUGA